GAUAUACGGCCAUCUUCGUCGGGCGGAAACCGGAAGAAAGUGACGUUCAUCAACUCACAGAUGUACAACUGACCAUCAGUCCAGUACCAAUCACAUUGGACAAUUUGGAUCGAAUCAACGAUGCAACUAAAGGUUCGUUACAAUUAAAACAGUGCUAAUAAAUAACCACAUAAACUUGACUAAAACAUAAAUUACUAAAAAACAAAAUAAUGAUUAAUUCUUCUAAUAUAACCAUCGCCUUAAAUGCCCUAAAUGUUGGUACCGUUUAACCCUUGCCCGAGUAAUGGUCACCGACACGAGCGAACAUGCAUAUGAAACGCGCGCGAAUAACACCCCCAAUGGCAGCGCGUACGGCUACUAUGAAACGCAUCCGACACUGCCGUCCGACUACAAUUACUACGCGAACAAAAACGGCCGAUCGACAAACAUAAUGAUGCACAACAAUGGCACCCACGCACCGAACAACUUUGUUAUGUCGUACGGUGUGUACUACGAGGACGACGGCGGUUUUGCAUCGCCACAUCCGCCACAGGCUGCAGCACACACCGGCGUCGUCGUCAACGCCGCCGGCAACGCAACCGCCGUGCGGCCGGAGCGGGUGGCCGCGACUUGUGUCGCUGACCACGGCGACGGUGAGACAGCUUGCGGGUGGUGUAUAUCCACAACCGCCUCGCCUUCUGAUGGUGACGGCUGGUUACCGUGCUGCAGGCCAAUCAUCCUCGUCGUCAUUCUCGUCCUGCUAAUCGUGGUAUUCGUCCUAGUUUCUGGCAUACUGAUUUACAUUAACUAUGUCGCGUACAAACCGAAGCAUUUAUAUGUUGAAGAAUCCUGCGAGAAGACUUUUUGCGCGUGGGGCGCGCAAUGCGUGACGGGGACCGAAGGGCGUGCGGUGUGUCAAUGUCCAACGCACUGCCGUCCGCAGGGUGAACCGGUGUGUGGCAGCGACGGGCGCACGUACGACAACCACUGCCAGCUGCGUGUGGCCUCAUGUCGAGCCCGCCGCAACACCAAAGUCAGCCAUCCCGGAAAGUGCGAGCGCAACGAUCCUUGCAAGGACAAGCAAUGCGGUUUUGGGGCGCACUGCGUGGCUUCCCCAGACGGCCACAACGCGAGCUGUCGGUGUCCGGAGAACUGCCGUAACUACGGAGAUCAUCCGGGAUCACGAUCGGUCUGCGGCAGCGACGGCGUCAACUACAAGGACCAAUGUGAGCUACAGCGUGCUGCCUGCGAGUCGAAAAUUAAUGUCACGAUUAAGUUUCUUGGAAAAUGCGACCCAUGCUUGGGAAUACAAUGCCCGGAACCUGAAAUAUGCCAGCUAGACGAACAUCGCAAUCCGGUGUGUCGGUGCGGCGACGUAUGCCCAUUGGAAUUCACGCCUGUGUGCGCCUCCGACGGGAAAACCUACGCCAACGAAUGCUCCCUGAGGCAGGAGGCCUGCCGCGCACGUAAAACAUUAAAUAUUAUUUAUCGCGGCAAAUGCAGUUCAGGUGCGAAUCCCUGCAAAAGCGUUCAGUGCCUGCUAGGGGAAGAAUGUGCCAUUGACAAAUUUGGAAUCGCGCGCUGUGAAUGCCCGCUGGCGUGCGAGCCCGUCAUGCGGCCGGUGUGCGCCAAGGAUGGCAGGACGUAUCCCUCUGAAUGUGAACUGAUUCGCGCUGGAUGCCUGGCAAGGGUCGCCGUGGAAAUCGGCCACGUCGGCGUUUGCGGCGGGACUAGUCCGUGCAGCGAUUACGAGUGCAAGUACGGCGCAACCUGCGUGGAACGACUCGGAAAAGCGUUCUGCGAGUGUCCGGCCGCAUGCUCCGCCGAAUUCGAGCCGGUUUGUGGUUCCGAUGGAGUUUCCUACGGCAACGAAUGCAAGCUGCUGCGGGAAGCCUGUCUGCGUCGCAAGGAAAUUGCGGUUUUGUACAAGGGUCCAUGCAGCGAGUGCGAGAGUAAAAAGUGUGACUUUUAUGCGUCCUGCGAAAGCGAUGGGUUUCUUGAAGGACGUUGCGUGUGUCCACAAUUCUGCUCAGACAUAAAGCUGCGUAAUGGAACCGUAUGCGGAACAGACGGUGUCACCUACGCCAACGAAUGUGACCUCAGAAUUUCCUCGUGCAAGACGAAACAAUACGUUAUAACCGCGUACAAUGGCAAUUGUGAUCUUUGCUCUGGGGUUGAAUGCAAAUACGGCGCGCAUUGCGAAGCCGGUGUAUGCGUUUGUCCGACAGAUUGCGAAGGAUCGGACGACGAGCUUGUUUGCGCAUCAAAUAUGGUGACGUACCCAAAUGAGUGUCAUAUGCAAAAAGCCUCAUGCUCCCCACAGAUUAAUCAAACACUCAGCGUCGCGUUCUACGGUGACUGCCGAGAGCGGUUUCCGGUGCCCGGCUCAGCCCUGCCGACUCUAUCGCCAACCGUUGCGUCGAGUAGCGUCAUAGCCACUAGUGCGAUCGCAGAGGCGGAAAGUGAGUUUCCCGCCGGCAGCGAAAAUUUAAGUGGACUUGUGCGCUCAUACGCCGAGCGUGAAGCAUGUCGUAAUAUACACUGCGACUUCGAGGCGACAUGCGAACUCGCCGCGGAUAAUUUUCCUCGUUGCACCUGCCGAUUUGAUUGUGGUGCAGUAAAAACGAAGCCUGUGUGUGCUUCUGAUUUACGUAUGUAUGAAUCGCUAUGUGCGAUGAAAAUGGAAGCGUGUCAUCGGCAGGAAGAACUGCGAAUACGGCCACUUGACCUCUGCGAAGGCAUGGAGGUGAAGCCUUGCAAUGGAGAAUCACCACUACUAGAUGAGCUGACUGGUAAAGAGUUGGACUGCGGCAACGGGCCGAAUCGACAGGACUGUCCGUCCGAUAGUUACUGUCACCAAACGGCGCGCUUUGCAAGAUGCUGCUACAAAGAUCAAAGCGAGCUGACGCAAAAAGGUUGCGAGGACAGCUGGUUCGGAUGCUGCCCGGACGGGCGAACAGCCGCCCAGGGCGUCGAUCACGCCGGCUGCCCCUCGACGUGCGGGUGCAAUAAGCUCGGAUCGUAUUCGGAGACGUGCGACCCGGACACCCAACAGUGUCGGUGUCGUCCCGGCGUCGGUGGUGAAAAAUGCGAUCGUUGCGAACCCGGUUAUUGGGGCCUGCCGAAAAUCUCAUCCGGCCAUCACGGCUGUAUACCGUGCGGUUGUUCAACCUUUGGCUCGGUGCGUGAUGAUUGCGAGCAGAUGACUGGACGUUGCGUGUGCAAGCCAGGCAUACAGGGACAAAAGUGUACGGUGUGUGCGCAACACGAUCGAGUGCUUGGCCCCAAUGGCUGCGUGCCAGCUGACCUCAGUGCGCCACCGCCCGCGACGUGCAAAGAAUUGACAUGCCAUUUCGGGGCGGCUUGUAUCGAGCGCGGAAGAUUUGCCAGCUGCGAGUGCAAUUCCGAGUGCACCGAGGAAAGCAAUCCACAAAUUGUAUGUGGCAGCGAUGGUCAGACCUAUGCCAGUGCUUGCAAAUUACGCCAAGUGGCAUGCCAGUUUCAGAAAGAUAUUGUGGUGCAAGCGUUUGGUACCUGUAGAGAAGAUGGGUUUCCGGGAACUGAUUGGCCUUUGCGUCGUUACACUCCUUUGCAGUACACGCAAUCAGAUGAUUCCAAUUCGCCAUUGUCCAAGUCCACUAGACAUUUACUAAUGCCCGAUCCUAGGUAUUACUAUGAACGCCCGGGUCAACUUAAUAAAAACGGUGCAACUUUUACGGUUGAUGCCAGGAAGACCAAUGGACAGCCUGGGAAACCAUUUAAUUCAGAAUAUCCAUAUGAAGACUUGUAUAAUACUUCAGGUGAGGUCAAAUCAAAGACCCAGAAUAAAAAUGCACGUAAUGAUAUAUUUUUUUUAAUUUUAAAAGAUUUUCGACCAACUCCAGCGACGGUUCGCGUUGUCACUGCCCUUCUUGGUGAUCUUUGCUCCGAUAACUCAGACUGCCUCAUCAUGUUCAGUAGUUGUGUAAGAGGCGCAUGUAAUUGUAUACCAGCUUAUUCAGAAUCAUCAGAUAGGAAAGAAUGCAUAGCUGAUGUAAAUCCUACAGAAGAAUACCGUGCUUGUUCUUCAUCCCCGUGUCUUAACGAAGCCAAAUGUGUCGAUCUACCAUCGGCAACUUUCACUUGUGUCUGUCAUCCCAGUUUCACAGGAGAAUUUUGCGAAACGGAACUUGAGCACCAACGAUACAAUAUUCCCGCGUUUGACGGGCAUUCAUACGUUCGAUUAAAACCUCUGAAAGCGUACCACAAACUCACCCUAGAGUUAGAAUUCAAAACUUACACGAAUAAUGGCAUAUUGGUGUACAAUCAACAGAAGGAAGAUGGCCAUGGUGAUUUUGUAUCAUUGGCCAUCGUGAAUGGAUACGUCGAAUUUCGUUACAACCUUGGCGAUGGUCUUGUAGUAAUCACUUCUCUAGAAAAAGUAGAAAUGAAGAAAUUCCAUCAUGUUUCUGCGAAGCGCUAUCACAGAGAUGGCAUGUUGCAGCUUGAUAAUGGAGAGAAUGUCGCAGGUCAAUCGAGUGGAACGCUACGAGCGCUAGAUCUUGUCGAAGACACAUUCGUCGGAUUCAUUCCAAGCAAUUAUUCUAGGGUUUACGAGAACAUUGGGGUCGAUCGCGGUCUACAAGGGUGCAUUCGGAACUUUAAGAUAGAUCGUCGAACUGUUGAACUUCAUGAACACAGAGACGAAUGGGUGGUCAAGGCGGAAGGUGUGCAUGAGUGUGGGGCAAACCCAUGCGCUAAUUCACCAUGUCAAAAUGGCGGCGAGUGUCGCACAGUUGAUGUGGUUUCUUUUCGAUGCGAUUGUAAUGGGUCAGGAUAUACUGGAAAUUUAUGUGAGAAUAUUGCUGAUCCUUGUCAGUCAAAACAUUGUAUGACCGGAGCAACGUGCGAAUCUAUUAAUGGUAAAGCUAUUUGUAAAUGUCCCGCGGGUCAGACUCAAACCGGAAAUGCAUGUGAACAUGCGGUACAAACAGAGAUUUCCAUUCCGGAAUUCAACGGGUCAAGCUUCCUCCAAUUUCCUAAACUCGAAGGUGUUAGCAAAGCAUUCACCUUGGAGAUUGUCUUUUUGAGCCGUGUUCGUAAUGGAUUACUCCUAUACAACGGACAGAUGAAAAACGGUCACGGUGAUUUUAUAUCCUUAGCCCUCGUGCGUGGACACGUACAAUUCCGGUAUAAUCUCGGAAGCGGGAUAGCUAAUAUCACGUCCAGGGAAGUUGUAACUUUGGGCAGCUGGCAUCGCGUUCGCAUGUUCCGCAAUGGCCGCGAAGGGGUUUUGCAAUUAGACAACAACACGCUUGUGAAAGGAUAUUCGGGCGCGCCCCUCACCGAACUCAAUUUAGAACUUCCAUUAUACAUCGGUUCUGUGAUAUCCACUCAAGAGGUGCAUCGCUUAGCUGGGGUGACAAAAGGCUUUAGAGGUGCCAUUCGGGAAUUCCUCGUGAAUGGCUCACCGCUGCCAAUAUCUGCUAAAGUAGUGGGUUGCUCGUUUGUCCCUGUGAAUUCAUCAGGAUGUGGAUUUGAUAUUGCGCAGUACGAUGCGUCGCCAUGUUCCGUUGAAACAAAUCCAUGCCUCAACAAUGCUGUAUGCAUUCCUAAUGUUAAAGAUUACAGUUGCCAAUGCCCGGAAAAUUAUGAGGGCGUUAAUUGUGAAACGCGAAAAUCACAAACUGCUAUUAAAUUUUCUGGACAAACAUUUUUACAAUUUAAAAAUCGUGGAUAUAAAAGUUCUAAUGUAACAUCGCUGGAAGAAGAUAAUGAUUACGACUUUCAAUAUGAUGAUGAUGAUGAUAAUGAUGAUGAAAAAGAGGAGGACAUUGAUACUUUUAACGAGAAUACUAACUAUGACACUAACAGUAAUAAUUUAACAGGGAGGAAAGGUGAACGUGGAAAUCGUUAUGAAAUCAAACUUCGAACAUUUGUUGCUGAUGGAUUGAUACUUUGGAGAAGCAAAAAUAUGAGUUUAAAGAAUGAUUACUUAUCUGUAGCCAUUAUUAAUGGUUAUCCUGAGUUCAGCUACAAUCUAGGGAAACAAAAAACAUUUUGGGCAAUAAGAUCUGAAACAAAACUUAACGAUGGCCAAUGGCAUACAAUUCACGUAUGGCGUCGGAAACGCAUUGGUUUCUUAUCAGUGGAUAACCAAACUGAAACGAAGGGAAUAAGUGACAGUGGUGCUUUUACAUUGAAUACAAAUUCUAAGCUCUGGAUAGGAGGUGCGCCAUCACUUCCUACAGGAUUGCCAACUGCAUACUACACCGGAUAUGAAGGGUGCAUACAACAUGUGCACGUUCACGCGAAGCCAAUUAACCUAGCUAAACAUAACGACCCGACGAUACUGCGGUUCUGUAACGAUAAUGAAAUUUAAUUUAAGAAUCAAUUAUAACUUGUUUAGAUUUACGAACGUUGAGACUGACAUUAAAUUACACGUAUACUUUUCAAUGUCAAAAAACGUUUGGUGAAGUAGAAGCGAAAAAUAAGGCAUUGUCCUAAAUUUUCUAAAUACUUUAAAACGUCACAAAGUUUUUUUAUUCAGUAUAUUUUCUAUGACUACAUAUCAGUAUGGCCAGUUGAUCGUUUCAUAUUCAUGAUUAAAAAAGAAGGAAAUAUCAUCAAAACGCGUCAUAUCCGGUUCCACUAUAUUUUCUUGUCUAUUAUUAAAUUCAGGACUGAGAUUUUAUGUAAUAUAUGUAUAAUAAAUAUAUAGCGAUUUAGAAAA